CAAACUUUUCUCGAAAACGUUUAUUUUAAUAAUGAAUGAGAAAUAACAUAAUAUAAAAUAACCAUGUCAGACGUAAACAAAAAUAAAGACAGAAAAAAUUUGUAUGGAGCAUUGAUGCUAGGUGGAUUAGCUGGAAUUUCUACCUUACUUGGUUUUUUUAAUGCUUUAGCGGCAGCUAAAAAAAAAGAUACCAAAAGUUUUGAUGCUGGAUUUAUAGGAGGGAAAGGUUUGCAAGAGUCUGGUGUAGCACUUGCGACAAGAGCUUUGUUUUGGGGUUCAGUGUGGGCAGUUAGUGGUUGUACAAUACUUUUUUAUGGAAUUUGGAAGCUUUCUGGAGCUAAAACUGCAGAGGAGUUUCGAUUAAAAGUUGGUAAUAUUUUACCAAGAAUACCAAAAAAUGAUCCUCCUCAGAGUAGAACAGAAUUUGAAAACCUCACAGAUUUAUUGAAGUAUAUCUCUGAAGACUGGGGUAAAGAUAAAUAAUUUUACUGAUACAUAAAUUUGAAUUAAAAGGAAUAAGAAAUUGUUUUAAAAAUGAUAUCGGUUAUGUAUA